AAGCAAAUCAAAUUCCUUGUAAAAUUUGUUUUGGAGUUUACAAAAUUAUUUGUUUGAAAUCAUUUUGAUUGUUUUCAUUUUCAUUGUUUUAAAACUAUGGUUUAAUUCAAUCACAGUCGAAAAUGAUUUCAGCCAAAAAAUGGGCGAAAAUUAUUAUCAUUAUAUCAAGCACGUUUUUUGCAACAGCGACUGAAGUGAAUAAUGCUUUGGUUAAAGCCCCAUAUGAUACCAAUUACAUGGUCCCCACUUAUACUAAUGUAUUACCUUAUAUUUCACCAUACUACGUUCCAGUUAGCAAUAAUGUCUAUCAAUCAAAUAGAAAUUAUUUUUUAGCGCCUAGAAAGUAUUUUCCAAAACAAACAAACGUGCUAACAAAAAAAAAUCUUUUCCCUUCUAACGUAAACUAUAUAGAAAGUAAAACAAACAUAGCUGGAGUUUCAGAUCUGGCUACAAUUCGUAACGGCAGUAUUAUGGAAACAUCAAGCAAACCUCAGCCAAUUUAUUCAAAAUGGAAUAUAAUUUCGAAAAAAGUACCACAGGUGUCAAGGAGUUCAAUUGCAAACAACAAUUCCAUAAUCAAAACUUCAGAUCUUUAUCUUAAAAAAAAAAACUUUAAUCAAGUCAUUGAAAAAGUACUACGUAAUAAAGGAAAAACCGCUGAGUCCAUUUAUGAUCAAAAUUUAUUUAACAUUGUAAAAGAGUUUACUGGAUAUGACACUUUAGAAAUUGCAAAUGCAUAUCAUCUUUCUCCUGAUCUGAUCAGCUACAUACAAGGUCACUCUUACCUUGAAAUUUCAUGGUGCUUUAAACUUCCUGCCAAUAUGACUUUUCAAAAUACAUUUUUAAAAAUAAACGAAAUGGAAAGUAUAAACAAAUUUACAAUUUACAGCGCAACAGGGUCAAAAGAAUGGCCAUCAGGAAAAGAACUUCGCCAUGUUGUAUGCAAUACAAUAUCAAAACAACCGAUUUCGAGUAAAUUUUACGAACAAUUUCUUGUUCCUGCAAGAUGCAAAGUUCUUGGAGUUAACGUCACUGAGUUUACAGCUAUCAAAAAAUUUCUUGAAAUUGAGCAACUGGCCACGCGGUUUGAAUUUGCACAAGCUUUAAGCAUUGAUAUGGUCAAAAAACGUCUUCAACCAAAAUUAUUAGAAACAAUAACAAAAAGAUUAAAAAAUUUUUCACUUAGUUCUAUAUUUAAACAACACCAACAGUUCAACAAGCAUUUAAACGGCAGCAUAAAUCAACAAACGUUAAAAUUCAUGCAACAAAAUUCUAUAAUAAAGCUGUUAGCUGAGACUUAUAAGUUAUCACAAAAUGGUCUUGCAUCAAUUAUGAAGUUUUAUACACAAAAGUAUCAUAAAAUUUCAAUGAUAAAUAGUGUAUCAGUGAAAAGCUUAGUUCAUUUUUUGAGAUUGUCACCAGAAUCAAAUGCAUCAUUUGGAGAUAUGUUUGAGAAAUUAUCACUUUCAAUUCAAGAUCUUCAACAUAACAUGGAUUCUCCACUGAUCAUAAUAUUAGAUAGAAACGGAGUUACGAAAUCCAUUAGCAACAAAACAAUACUGAAUGCAAUUAUUUCUUCUGCUAAAGAGCCAAGAGAUGUACUCGUAGCAUUUUAUGAAAUUACUCCUGAAUUGGAACACUUUAUUGAAAAGACUACGUUUUACCAAUUAAAACAAAUGCUCGGACAAUCUGUGACGCGACUCAAACAUUUGUCAAUUAAUUUUUUAGUAAAUCUAUUAAAAAAGCAAACAAAAAAUAAUCUUAGAAACGGUACGCUCAAAUUUAGCCAAAAUAACAUCAAUAAUAAUAUAUAUAACGCGGCAAAAAAUAUAAUAACCUAUACCAAAAUGUUUGAACUCCAAAGGAUAUACAAAAAAGAAUUAGGUUUCAAAGAUAUCUAUCAGCAAACUUUGAUGUCUAUUUCAAAACAGCAGGGAUUAUCGGGUAGAGAGUUUGUUCGUUUAUACAAUAUGGAAGGAAAAAAAUUAGACGAAGUUACUCGCUUUUCUAACUAUUCUUUAAGCAAAAUUAAACCUAGAAUCCAUGGCAACAUAUUAAACUACACACUGGAACAGUUAGCUCAACAUGUUCGCGAGCAAUUAAAACAAGUCGAUAUGAAAAAUUCACCUGACUUAUCAACUAAAUCAUUUAAAGUUAUUGCAAAGAAAAUCAAAUCGCCUUUAUCUGGAUCGAGUAGAUCAAGUACUACAGAAAGAGAUGUCGAUGCUUCAACUAUAGAUAAAAGAUCAGAUGGAGUUGGAAUAAAACGUUCAAUGAUCAUUGCUCCAUCAGUUUUAUGUGCUCUAGGAAUUGUAGUUGGCGUUGCUUACGUUUAUUACAAUAUUAAAUGUAAACCAGAAAAAUCUUCACUAAAAAGCAUUUUUAAAUGAACUGUCUUACAAAAUGUUUCAUAAUACCUUUUUGACAAAUUUGAUUUGAUCCAAAGUAUGAAACAUUAAAAAAAUAAACUUUCCACAGGGUAACAUAGCAAUAAAAUUUGAGAUAUGUCGGAUAUUAGCAACCGAUAAUAAGAACUGUUAAAAUUUCCAUUUUCAACGAUCAAGCAAAUGUUGUUGAGCAAUAUAGUUAAGUAAAGUUAAAAAUGUAAAUAUAUUUAAAGUAAAACAAAAAUUCAAAAUGG